AAGCGGAAACUCUCCUCGCCGUUCGCUUGACGCUCGGUGCUGCAGCCUGUGCAGAGAGGAUUUGCUGCACCAGUUCGUACUUCUCCAAAUGCCACCGGACACCGACAGCGGCCUCGGGGCGGACGGACGCACGGACAGCGGCGGCUCCGCCACGCGCGGGAACAUGGCGGCGGGAAAAACAGGCUGCUCGGUACCGCAGCGACGAUAAACCAGAGGGACGACUCGGCUGGCGGGCUGGAAACCGAGGAGCAUCACUGUACACAGAUCAGUUGAGUCCAGAUCUUUACUGUCCUACAAGAGGACGUGAAAACAGAUGACGGCUGAUCAACCAUAACGGCCUGCGCAGCAUACAGUAAAAUAAGUUGAUAUGAGGCCAUGAGGGGACACCUGAAGGCAGCAGCCCGUUUCUAAGCAACAACAAGCGCGACACAGCACAUCAUGGCCUACAAGAUCCCCGGGGCAGCCAUGGACAGAGUCAGCCUGCUGUGGCGCCUGAGGCGUCGGGCUCGCCGUGGAGCGCUCUGCAUGGCCUUCUUCUGCAUCUCCAUGGCUCUGCUCUACGCCCUCUGUGCUGAGAACAGCGUGCCCGUCACCGACGCCAUCUUCGGGGUCCGGGCGCGAACGCGGGCUCAGCCUCGAGCGCGCUCUGUCAUCAAGGUGUUGCGAGGCGGAGCCAAGCCCAUGUACAUCGACCCUCAGAAACUCCCGGGUGUCGUCCCAGGUGACCCCCGCCGUCCAAUCCCGGUCCUCUCCUCUCCAAACCACACCAGCGAAGCCGCGGACUUGCUGUCAAAGCGGAAGCCGAGAGAGCGGGAGUCUUCCGGGUUUUUCUCCCGGCUGCUGCCGCGCCCUUUAACCCGAGCGUUGGAGACCCUGUUCGGAGGCCGGCGGAGCGCCAAAGGCGGGGAUGCGGAGUUCUUCGGGCCUCAUGGACCUUUGGGUGAGGUGUGGGAUGACGAGAUGUCCAGCAGCAUGCUGGGAAGCAGACUGAGGAAGGUGGUGCAGAAUUAUCAGGCCAUGAAUAAGUAUGGAGUCGAGCUCUCGGGCCCCGGCGGCGUGUCCAGCAGGCCCAAGCUGAGCGGCGCCAAGCUUCUCUGCCAGCUGAAGGACAAAGUGGAGGUGACGACUUUGACCCCUGACCUCCAGCCCUUCUCGUCGCUGCCCUGGGCCGCCCAGCUGCCGCCGAAGCAGCUGACCUCCGACCUCGGACCGUACAAGAGCUGCGCCGUGGUGUCGUCCGCGGGGUCGCUGCGCUACUCUGGAUUGGGCAAAGAGAUAGACUCUCAUGAUGCUGUACUGCGCUUCAACGCGGCGCCCACCAGCGGCUAUGAGAAGGACGUCGGUUCUAAAACUACGAUCCGCCUCAUCAACUCGCAGGUGAUGGCGUCUGAUGACCAUCGUUUCCUGUCCAGUUCUCUGUACAGCUCAGGUGCUCUGGUGGCCUGGGACCCCGCCCCUUUCUCCGCUGACCUCACUCAGUGGUACAACAGGACCGAUUACCCCAUCUUCACGCAGUACCAGCGAUACAGGAGGCUCCACCCUAUGCAACCCUUCUACAUCCUGCACCCCCGCUUUGAGUGGCAGGUCUGGCAGCGAAUACAAGACAACAUGGCUGAGCCCAUCCAGAAGAACCCGCCUUCCUCCGGCCUGCUGGGCACCGUCCUGAUGAUGUCACUGUGCGAGGCGGUGCACGUGUACGAGUUCCUGCCGUCGCACAGGAAGACGGAGCUCUGCCAUUACUACCAGCGUUUCUAUGACGCCGCCUGCACGCUCGGCGCCUACCACCCUCUGCUGUACGAGAAGAACCUGGUCAAACGGAUGAACCAGGGCGCAGACCGUGACAUCUACACCCAUGGACGCGUCACGCUGCCCGGGCUCAGCAAGCUGAACUGCACGCAGGCUGCUGACGGACACCGACCGGGACACCAACCGGGACACCAACCGGGACACCAACCGGGACGGACGUGAACACAGGGUGGAAUCUUACACGAAGACACGAGGAAGGAGGACGCACAAACACGUCACACUGCCAAACCAAAAGGAAAGCUGUGCUGUUCAGCACACACACACACACACUCUCACCUGGUAAAGGACCACGCCGCUGUUUCUGAAGGGUUCAUCUUAAAAUAUCAUCUGUUUUCUGGUCUUUAUCUCCUCCACAUGUCAGCACUAAAACUUUAUGGAAUAAUCAACCAUCUGGCCUAAUAAUUCUAAGAAGUUUGCACGUGUUUAAAUAUAUAAAGACCAAACAAUUAACCAUCCAAAGAAGGUAUUUGUACAUGAGUUUUGGGGGACUACUUUCAGCAGCGGAUUAAUCUGUAUGUGGUUCUCAACUGAAUAUUAAUCCUCUGCUUUUCUGUCAGCUCUUGCAUGCCUGACUAUACAGUAAAUUACUUUAAAAUCUCCUGUGAUGAGACAGAAAAGAUGACCAGUAGCUGUGGUGCAGGGUGCAGGUCUGAGGACAUGUGGAGCGUCCACCGACUGUGGUUUAUCGGACUGAAACAUCAAAAACAACGGCAUGGCCCUUUAAUUCUGAUCUUCAUCUUCAACCAAAGUCUUAAACUGACGGAGUGAGAACCAGUCAGCUGGAGCUCAUUAAUCAAACGGAACAGAACAACCCUCCACUACGCAGCCCUGUGCACGCUGUGGCAGACUAGUUUGUCCACUGGGGGGCGCUGCUCUCGCUCUCUCACCUCUGACUAUUACUUUGAAAUCUCAAAGCCACUUUCCUUCUGAUGGCUGUCUGUUCCCUUUGAGCGACCCGACUGUUCUAAAAGCAGCCGUGAAGCAGAUUUCCAUUUGUUAGUCGGAGUCUAGUUCAGUUUCUGGACCAGUUUUUCACUUCCUGUACUGCAUCCCUCCCCACUCUGGGGGCCAGUCUGGUUCAGCUCAGUUUGAAAUGAGUGAAUAAAGACAAUACUGGCUGCAGAUGACCUGACUCCUAAACUCUUAACAGCAGCGAUCCAACCUGCAAGUUAAACAAAAUAUUUUGUACCCACCCUGUAACAUCCUGUUCCCAAUAAUCUUUUUAUAAAUCGAUCAGAGUGUAUAUAACACAGCAGUAACACCCAGCAGGACCCUGUUUAGUGUGACACUGCGACUCAGCUCUGUGAAGCACAACUGUUUUAUUUCCACAAACGAACAUCCGAUUCUUUUGCAGUAGUUCAGAGCUACAGAGGUGACCAACCAAAAGCAAGUUUAGCUGCGAUGCUAACAUAGCAGCUAGCUAAGCGACAUGCGUUCCCUCUGCGUCUUUGUGUCUGUUGGGAUGCUGACAAAUGCAUUAGUGGCUCUUCUACAUAAAGUCUUCAUACAUCCAUAUACACUAAAUCAUUUCACUGCAAGUUUUUUGGAAAACAGAAAGCUAAUGUAAAAUGCAACGGACCCGAGAUAUCAAUAGUAGCCUGUUAGCUUAGCUGAUGCUACAAGUUCAAAGUAGUCAUAUAAACCUGCAGCUACACGCUAGUCAGCUAGCCUGUCGCCCUCCAAAGGCUAAGAGGCCGUAAAAAAUAAAUCCACGUUUCAGGAACUAAAACUCCAGUGUGUUUGCACUUCUGUGUCGUCCUUUCAGUGUUAGCACAGUGAAGAACAGCCUCAUUGGUGUUACGACUUUUAUGCUAUUAUUACCAACGCAUGUGAAAAGGUUUUCUCCACAGUAGUGUAGCAACAGGAGAAUGCAAUAAAGAGAAAUUACCUGCAUGACACAGUUUCUGAUUUUAUCCCUUAACUGUUCUUUUUUUUUCACUAAAUGUGACCGUCGAUGUAAAACAGGUGAGCCAGGUGAUAUGCAUGCAGGCGAAGACAAAGGACCCAGAUUAGACUGCAGGAAGGUGGAUGUCUCAGUUUUCAUUUUGGAGCAGCAGAAAGAAACGUCAAUGGCCUGGUGCCGUAUGGUCAUGGCUCAUUUCACUGACUGAUUUAAACGUCAUCAGGUGGACCACUUACAAGUCGGCACGUGGAGUUUCGGCUCAGACGGAAGCCAAACGCGCUCAGUUGUUGUUGAAACAAAAUGGCUCCGCUGCAGUUUGUCCGAUCGUUUCUCUCUUUUAGCAGGACGUUAUUGUUUAUUCGGGAGGCGAGCACGCGAUGUAUUUUCCUCUGUAUUUCAGAGGAAAACCGGGGGACAUUUUGUCAUCCCAACUCCUGCCCGUUUAGAGUGCGUUUGUGUAAAAGCGUUUUGCAUUUGGUUUUAGCUUGCAGACGCACUUUUCCUCUGCUUUGCCUCCAUCCUCUGAGCCAGUUGGGUGUUAAGCUGUUAACUGUGGUUUCAUGUGCUUGAUUGUAUUUAUUAUUUCUUAAUAUUUUCCUGUGCUACUGGACUCCUGUCACUUCAUGUUAGAAUAAAAAUGCAAAAUCGCAUCGGCAGUAAAUCAUUCUUUUUGACUGGCAUCACUGUAUAUAAACUAUCAUGUAUA